CAGAUUGAAGAAACCCGUCGGAAGGUCUGCUUUGCGAUGUCCCUUCGGACUUUUUACCUUAUUUUCUACUUAGAGACGAGUUUAAUUUUUACGCUAGCUUGCAAUUUGCUGAGGAAUGAACACGAAAGGUCAGUAUAAAACAAGUAGCAAGAGCACUUGACAUAAUUUGGGAGAAUUUCCAAAAAAUGUUCAGCAAUAUUUAAGUGAUACUGCCGGUUGGAAUUCGAGAAAUUACCUAUCCGUUCAAACUUAUCGAUAACGAUCAUUUUAUCGAUAUAUAGAAUUGUGUUUUUGCUGUGGAAAUUUACCUUCAACUCGAAUGACUAAACAUAUCAAUUUCUGGCCUAAUUUGUCUUUACAGUCGGCACUAGACCUUUACGGCGAAAUUAUCUUUGUAUUACUCAAACAGCUAACGAUGAGAUUUUUUUUUAUUUUGAUUUUGAUUUAUUUAAUUUAAGCGAGGCCGACCAGGACAUCAUUGCCAUAGUAACUAAUGGGACCAUGCCACCAGUGAAUGGAGCUCAUAAUGCCGCCGAAAUCCUACAAAAACUUUUCAGAAACUACGACAAAAGGUUGAGACCUGACUAUGCAGGUAAGGGUCAUUUGAAACUCAUGACUUUGUGACCAUUUGAUAAGUUUCCAUGAAUUUUUGUCACAAAAAUUGCCCUCCUCAUUGAAGUCAUAAAAUUCUCCCUCCUUGCAAUCUAGAAUGUGGUUUACCACGUACUGCAAUUUUUCAACAAUUCUUGUCAGAUAAACUUUGGACGUUUCAAACUGGGGCAUAGUCCAGUGGUAUACCCAUGACAUGAAGCAGUUGCCAAUUUUUAGUUUUCGGACAAAACUGGGACAUGGUUAAUCCUGUUGUCGUUUUUCAUCUUUAUUUUUUCCUCCCAGGAAAGGCUCUUCCUAUAACAGUGUCUCUGGGAAUUUUGUCCAUAGGGAACAUUCGUACUGAGGACAUGGUGAGAAUCAAACUCCCUCCUUUCUUUAAUGCACUAUUAAAUCCACUGGGUAACCAUUGUUUUCAAAAUAAGUAUCCGAAAUUGAAACUUAAUUAAUUAAGAACUUAAGGCCGGUGCCCUGUUGCUGGCGAAAACACCAGAAAACUCAAGAUUUUUUUGAAGCCACAUUUACACAACGUUUUAUUUUCUACUGUCUCGGUUACAAUACUUUAUCAAAAAAGAAAAUAACAACAACAACCAAGAACACGUAGAUCUAAUAAGUAUCCCUUGGGUGAUAGAAACUAAAUCGGGAAAACAAAUAACUGGAAGGAAGACGAAACAAACAUUGGCAACUGAUUAAUCAGACUGUUUCUAGGCCGGGCAUAAAUAACAAGAGUUUAAGUCACGGCUAAGAUUUAAUUGAGUGAAGACGACAUUUUGCACUCACACCCCUAGUGAAAAACUCUAAUUUUCAACGAUAUUUCUAUGAGGAAUGAAGCUUACAAACCUAAAGUUUCUUUGUUUCAACAUUGAUGCUUAGCUCUGGUGUUACACUUUUCGAAAAACUGGCGGAGGCUGUUAAAUAGUGUCACUAACCAGAAUUUUUUUGAAAUCCCACGAUUACACUUUAUUAUCUCAUCUAUCCACUGGGAAAUCUGUGAACAAAAGUACUGAGUAAUGUUAUCUGACGAUAAAAAUGGAACUUUGUGACGUAUUACGCCCCAAAAUGCAUUUCGCGAAAACUUCAAAAAAAUUAGCAUGGCUUUUACAUAACUCUUUGGCAAAUACUUCCGACAAUGGCAGAUCCCUUAGUUAGUGCGUAAUGAUACAAAAAUUGCUUUCAUGCUCCUUCUGUCAUUAUUUUUCAGGAAUUUACGCUUGAUGCGUACAUGAGGCAAAUAUGGAAAGAUACCAGGUUAGUGUUUGGUAGUAGAGACAUCGCUCUUACUUUACAACAUGAAGCACUGAACGACCUUUGGCUACCAGAUACUUACUUCGAAAACGCUGUGAAAACAUCUGUGCACCAAGAAACUCGCACCGUGGUACUUUAUGGAGAUGGCUUGAUAGUUUUCAGUCAGAGGUAGGCUAUGGAUGUAACUGAAUAUAGGAAGUAAUAACUUUCUAUUAGAUCUGUGGUGCUUUCCUUUUUCUGAAUGAAAUGAAAUGACUCAAAUUCCAUUUCAUUUGGCAAGUUGUGCCCUCCAUUUAAUUUCUCCUUCGGUGUGAAUCACUCAGGUAAGAAAGCGUAAAUAAUUGUGCAAGUCGACCAUGAAGAAUACAAGAAUUGCUUUUGUUUCAUUUUGAAAUUUACCAGUUUUUCUUUCUGCUGUGGUUUGAUUUAUUAGGGUAUUUACAGGACAGGGGGGGGGAGAGGGGGGGAAAGGGACAAGCAGCAUAAUAUAAAACAAAAAUAAAUUGGUAGACAUAAACAGAAAAAUAAAUAUUUAACACAGAAUCGCCUACUAGGGUAACAAUGACGGCCACAACCCUGAUGAAUUUUCGUGCCUAUCCAAUGGACACGCAAGUUUUCAGAAUGGAUAUGCUAAGCUGUAAGUACAACGUACUUUUCUAGUGAAGCCAUUGCUACUCGAUGAUAUAGAUCUCUCUUCAAUCAUUUAUGAUGGCCCUAAAGCCUACAAAAUGGAAGCUUUUGUGCAACUCCGUAUAACUGAGCAGUUUUCCUGAUUUUAUAAUCUAUUUUUGGUUAAAAUAUAAAUGAGAUUUUUGGAAAAACUUUGUGGAUUCAAUCAAGACAUUUUUCUCUUUUAAUUAAUCAUGUAUUCUUCCUGGCACUUCACGAUCCAUCCGCUAAGGGACCGGUCGGAAGAUUUUGGUUGUCGCUGUAAACUUUACGGGAUCUACCCAUAAGGCUCUGUGAUUUUCUUGUUAGUACCCCCCCCCCCUUCAUUGGCAGUUUAUUGGCAGUCACUUUUCUAAAAUGAUCCAUUAAUGAAUUGCUUUUGUUUCAUUCGAAUAUUGGUGACGACGGAUCCACCCCUCCCUUCUUCCUGAAACCAUAAGAUCUUCUCCCCCCAAGAUCCUCCAUCCCCCCCCUCCCCUCUCAGGUGAUAAAUGAUGAGAGGUACCCUGCUGUCAGCUGAAACCGUCCUUUUUAAACCAGAAAGGUAUUUCGUCACAAAAUGCAUCCAAACUCGAUUCUCUCGGAAGACAUUUUAACAAGAAUGGUUUUUUGAGAAGAUGUAUGUUAUCUGUUUAUAGACAAUCCCAUAGUGUACGUGAGACAUUCAUUUUUAUACUGUAAAGGUAUUUUGUUUCAAGUUGCUUCCAGGCACGUUUUUUCAUAGGAUGUCGUAUUAUGAACGCGUUCUUGGGACAUAAUUGGUUCAAUUGCCAUUUUAAUGUUAUUAUCAGAUGGAAGGGAUAUCAAACAGCUGCGCUAUGCAGGAAGCGACGUCAAACUCUUUAACAAAGAGAUGUCUGAAUUCAUGAUUACGAAACAAAGUGUAGAGAUGAACACCAAAGAGCUAUUUAUGGGUAUGAACGAUUUGUGCGUUUGAGUUUGAUUACACUAUUUCUUUAAUAAUGCCUGCGUGAAAGAAUUACUUUGGUUUCUUAUCAUAUAAUCUGAAUUGAUCCUCGAUAUUUGGAUUUCUAGAAGCAUGGUGCUCAGCGCAAUAAUUCUGAAUGCAGUCAUGAAAUUACAUGAAAACGUACCUUAGUAAGCUUACGUUCCAAGGGCGUCUCAAGGUUGUCUAUACUAUUUGUUAUUACAUAAUAAUGUAACGAGAAUGCUGGGUGAUUCAAUUCGUUUAUGGCGAGCCCUAAUACAAAUUCAGAUUAAAAACAAAAACAACAAAAACAGGAAGAUUGAUGGUUUUCAGUUACAAAGUGGCCUUUAAAUCUCCCAGCAUUACAACAUGGCCCUACUAUCAAGUUUGACAAUUCCACAAUUAUCGAAGACGUAGAAAACCCUCCUUUCUCAAAAGCGAUGAUCGAUUGUCUUAUAGGUUGUUUUGAUGUGCUAACAAUAAAGUUCACCGCAGCAAGACGGAUUGGGUAUUACAUCAUACGUAUCUAUCUCCCUUGCGUUCUCUGUACGGUUGUCUCGUGGAUGGCAUUUUGGAUGGACCCUGCCUACAUCGGAGACCGAAGUGCAAUUGGUAUCACCUCCCUUCUCACCCAGAUAUUCCUGGUCGGAAGCAUUAAUGAGGCUAUGCCGCGCGUCAGCUAUGUGAAUGCCGCUGACCUAUUCUUGAUUGUUUCGUUUUCGUUUACGUUCUUAGCGCUCGUUGAAACUGCUGCCGUCUACAGGAAAGCUGUAUCCAUAGGACGGAUAGAGAAUGGAAUUUCCUCUGAGGAAGAAAAGGCAAGAUCAAACUUUUCUCACUCCAGUGGAGCAAUAAACUUUUACUCAUCAUCAUCCUAAUAUAAAUAACGAUUUAUUCGCAUCCCCGCAUCCCCACCGAAAGCUCCAGUGAUUUUGCUGAUUCCAACUUUGUUUUGUUUGACAUCUUGAGCAAUCUUCGGCCAACUAAAGUCAUAUCGUCGUGAUGAUUUUAAGUCUUUCGUACUACGAGGUCAAGUUAGCUGUACUUAAGUCAGAUUCCUCUUCUUUUCCCUUUAGUUUUUCGCCCUAAGGAAAGAAAACGCGUUAACCAAAACGUCAGGGCCGAUUGUUUAAACAAAGUGUAGCCGUUUUUUUUGUUUUUGUUAUUUGUUUUCUUUUUACAAAAACGCGUUUUAAACAAUCCUCAAUUUAGCUGAACCUUUUGUGUGAAUAUUUAUUUUUGCGAAAAGUGUUAAGAGGGUCGUAAGAUAAAAGUGGAAAGACAUUUAAUUUAAUCAACACUCUUAUGGAGAAAACCAGAGGCCCAUUGACUGCGUAAAACCGUGGUUUGGGUUAGACCAUGGGUGAAAAACCUAGACUCUGGGUCGAGAGGUCCACCCAGGAGAAAAAAUGGGUACCAACGAACUGCCAGAAAAACUUCAUCCUUCUUCACCGUACGAACUUUUCAUUAUAAAAAUACUUUUAGUGAAAGCAAAGCGUUAUAGAUAAGCCCCUCUUAUCUACUCGACAUUUCAAUUCAUCUUACCCGCACAGUUCUUAGCAAGCCAUGACCGAAGGCUAGAAUCGAACUCCAUUAUCGCCUUUUUUUAUUACCGGCUUUUUAUCUUACCUAUUAAUUUUCACUAUUACCAUUUUCUAAACAUUAAUCCUUGCAGAAAAAUGACAUGACAACUGCUCAAAGCCUCGAGAGUAGUCAAGACGAAAGUGCAUCGUCAGAAGGCCCGACGGCAUUUCAAAAUCACGAGGAUGUUACAGCACAUGACAAUCGUCUGUGGGUGAAAUUACGCACAAAGGUCUUUGGAAAUAUGAAAAGUUUGGAAAAUCAUUUAGACAGAAUAGCUAGAGGAUUCUUUCCUCUUGGGUAUACUAUUUUCAUCACGGUAUACUUCGUAAUGUUUCUCGUUGUUCUUUGA